AUGGGCUUCCAUGAGAAGGCCCUGGCGGAGCCCCCAGCUGAGGUCGCACAGGGACAACUGUCCCAUGGGGGUGCCACCAUCUGUGGCCACGGGGGCGGGGGUGUGUCGGGAGCCCUCUCGGGAAGGCAUCACAGGCCUGGUGGCGGUCGAGCUAUAGGACCAAACCCUCAGAUGCUCGGACCUCAACCUCCACCUCCGAUGGGCGGCGAAGAGGCUCUGCCUGGAGCUCCCAGUCCCAAGUCCACAUGCCUCCAGCCCAGGGGCAUCUCCAUCUGGGCUGACCAGGUCCUGCACCCAGGCCACCGGGAGGAACGCGCGGGUUCAUCAUCCCUGAGCAGGAGCCGAAGCGCCGAAGCCUUGCUGCGCCUUCACACCUCACAGCCGCAAGCGCUUUGCGCACCGGUGUCGCUGGGAGGCGAGACGGCAGGAAUCCUUCGGCCCCCGCCCCAGGCCGGCAGAGCUCCCGAGUCAGGUCGCUGGGUCCCCCAGGCAAGCAGGGUCACCAAGGAGGGCAGCGCGUCCAGACCCCAGCCUGGGCGCCUCAUCCGACGCCUCCCCACCCCCCACCCCCGCCGCGGGACCAUCUGUUGCCAUGGUUACCCGCCGCACUCCCUGCAGCCCGGGCCGGAGGUUCACCUCGGCAGGUCACUUCAGGGACGGGGCGGCACCCAGGGGCGCGCACCCCCAGGCUGGACAGUCAGCGCGGUGGCCCCGGACCCCCCACUCCUCAUCCCGCCCGGAAGCGCCCUGACCCUGCGUCUCCUAGCGGCCAAAGCCCAGCGGGCCAGCCCGAGGGUGUCCGGUACUUUGUCUUCCAUUCCUUCCCCGCCCCCGCCCCAGCCCGUUUUGCUCCCACGCAAAAUAGUACGACUGCCCAAGACCAAAGGAGACCAAGUUCAAAAAUGCGGAGGGCGCUUGGGCCCUCCACGCCCCAAGAAGCGCCCCUCGGGGACAGGGGCAGGAAGCGGCCGCCUCGCCGCGUCCCAACUUCCCCCCGCUUCGGGGCAGAACAAUGGCUUUUUGCCCGGAAAACGAAGUUCGGAGGAGGCCGGGCGCACCCCGGAGACCAAGCGGGACUCGAAUGUUGAUCGCCAGGUCCGAAGAGGCAAGGCGCCUCCUUCUUCCCCGCGAGGGACCCGCCCGCGCUCGGCUGACCCACGCGCGCUGCCCGCGGCCCCAACCCACCCAGACCAGGCGCGCCGGACCCCCGCCCGGGGCGCGAAGCUGAUCCCGCCGUGA